AUGCUAUUCGGUGUGAAGUUGGUGAAUGAUGUUUAUCCACCCUGGAAGGAUUCAUACAUCGAUUAUGAAAGGCUUAAAAAAUUGCUGGAAGAAGGAGUUGUUCCUGACAAGUCCAACAAAUCCAAAGGAAAUUCUGGAGGUGCAGAUUUUGCAUGGGGAGAUAACGAUGAGUCCAGAUUCGUGGAAGCUUUGGACAAGGAGUUAGAAAAGGUAUAUGGGUUUCAAAUCAAAAGAUACAACAGCCUUUUGGAGAGAUUGAGUAGACUAGAAGCGCAGAGUAGCACAGAGGAAAAUAUCAAGAAAUUAGAUUCGGAGGCAUUUCAGGCAGCUUUGGAAGACCUGUUGAGUGAAGCUCAAGAGUUGGAUAACUUUUAUCGGUUAAAUUACACUGGUUUCAUCAAGAUCGUCAAGAAACAUGAUAAGCUACACGCGCGUUAUCCUUCAGUGAAAUCACUUCUAGAGGUCCGGUUAAGAGGGUUGCCUUUCCAUUCGGAGGAGCUUUCACCAUUGUUGUAUCGUAUUUCGUUUCUUUACGAUAUCUUAAGGAGUAACUUUUCCAAAGUAUCAACUUCAUUGGCCAAUGCUUCAAAAAUGAGUGCUGCUGGUAGUAGUUCUGCAGAGCUGAACUUCAAAAGUUUUAAAUUUUGGGUUCACAAUGAUAAUUUGAUGGAAGUCAAGACAAGAAUUUUAAGACAUUUGCCGGUUUUAGUUUACGCAUCAGCACCAACCGAAAACGACGAUUUAGUAGAUCGUUUUGAAUCAGAUGUUAUAAAUUCAGACGUUGGAGCCUUUUCGUCAAGUUCAAGCGGUGAUAAUAUUGAUUCUGCGUUAAAUGAGAACAAAUCGUACGAUCCUGUCAUUACAGCUCUGUAUUUUGAUAACGAACAAUUUGAACUGUAUAAUGACAAAUUACUGAGAGCACAUUCAGCUCCCACUUUGAGAUUUAGAUGGACGGGUAGACUGGCCUCAAAACCUGAUAUUUUUCUCGAAAAAAGAAUGGUUGUCGAGGAUCCAGGUACUGGCAAUACAGAGCUAGAAGAAACCAGACUCCAAAUUAAACAAAAAUUUCUCAAUGGAUUCAUUUUCGAUGGUGAUGAAAAGUAUAAGGAGCGUACCUUGAGUAAAUUGAGAGAAAGACGUUGCAGAGAAGAUGAAAUUACGAAGGCAGGUAACGAUGUCGAUUCUAUUCAAAAAUUUAUCUUGCAGGAGGGACUGCAACCUGUUUUGAGGACUGUUUAUAGCAGAACAGCUUUUCAGAUUCCAGGUGAUGACAGAAUCAGAAUUACUAUUGACUCUAAUAUUAUAUAUAUAAGAGAAGACUCCUUUGAUGAAGAGAGACCUAUUAGAGAUCCAAAGAGCUGGCACAGAACUGAUAUCGACUCGGAUAUAAAAAAUCCAUUGAAACUUUUGAGGAAUGGUGAAUAUUCUAAAUUUCCUUACUCGGUCAUGGAGAUCAAAAUUAGAAAUGAUACAAGUUCAGUUCGCGGUAAAACUUCUGAUAUGUCACAAGCAAAGUUACCAAGAAGACAUGGUCAAUGGAUAAACGAAUUGACAAAUUCUCAUUUGGUUAAAGAAGUUCCAAAAUUUUCCAUCUAUAUUCAGGGUGUUGCUUCGUUGUUUGGUGAUGAUGAAAAGUUGGACGUUUUACCUUUCUGGGUUCCCGAAUUAGAGACAGAUAUUAGGAUUGAUCCAAAACAGGCCUACGAGCAGGAAAAGAAGAAGUUGAAGAAGCAGAAGGAAACCAAAGAAAAGAUAAACCAAAUGAGAAGGUUAUCCAGAAUGUCUCAGCCAGCUGGUGAAAGAUCAAACGAGAACUAUGUACAGCAAUUAAAGGAAACUGAAGAUCAAAAUCAAACUCAAAGCUUGGGUUCUGAUGCAGAUUUGGAAGAUCAUGAAUCUUCAGACGAAGAAGAUAAUGGAACUUCUGUAAGGGAGGGUCGCAAAAAGACAAAACAACCUACUUUGUUAAGUAUUUUGGCCGGCGCCGAUUCGAAACUUACAAGAGUAGAUUCAGAGGAUGAGGAGAUUGUUCUUCCACCUGGUGUGAAAAAACCAACAAGUUAUAUAAAGAAUGCAGGACCAGUCAAAGUGGAGGCGAAAGUUUGGUUAGCAAAUGAACGUACCUUUAAUAGAUGGUUGCACGUGACAACUUUGUUGAGUAUCUUGACGUUUUCCAUUUAUAACUCUGUCAAGAGAGCUGAGUAUCCUGAAUUGGCUGAGUUACUGGCCUACAUAUUCUUCGCAUUGACCCUUUUUUCAGGUAUUUGGGCCUACUACAUUUAUCUGAAGAGAGUGACUGUCAUCAGGGAAAGAAGUGGCCAACAUUUAGAUUCUCCAUUGGGUCCCUUGGUCUUGGCAUUUGUCAUUUCCUUCGCAUUGAUUGUGAAUUUUGUGCUUGCAUUCCGAAAUGCCAACAAGUCCAAAAAGAUGUACAUCGAAAAUUUAGGAGAAUUUUCAGGUUCAAUAGAGAGACUUUCAGAUGAUUCUCUGCCGGAAUCUUUACGUCCUGUCCAGAACUUCAUUUUUAAUCUUGUAGGUAGUAGUAAUUAA